CCCUUGCCAGGGGCAGGGCCUGGCUGGGGUAUAAAUAGUCAGACCGCUGGGCUCUCCCCACUCUUCCUCUCGCCCCAGCCCUCCUCCUCUGUGCUUCCUCUCUCGGCUUGAUCCUGACCGCUGCCAUGGCGUGCCCCCUGGAGAAAGCCCUGGACGUGAUGGUGGCCACCUUCCACAAGUACUCGGGGAAAGAGGGUGACAAGUUCAAGCUCAACAAGUCGGAGCUAAAGGAGCUGCUGACCCGGGAGCUUCCCAGCUUCUUGGGGAAAAGGACGGACGAAGCCGCGUUCCAGAAGCUGAUGAGCAACUUGGACAGCAACAAGGACAACGAGGUGGACUUCCAGGAGUACUGUGUCUUCCUGUCCUGCAUCGCCAUGAUGUGCAAUGAGUUCUUCGAAGGUUUCCCCGAUAAGCAGCCCCGGAAGAAAUGAAGGCUCCUCAGAUGCCGCUGGGGGGCCCGCCCGCUGGGGUCUUCCCUGUCUGCAGUGGGCACAGCACCUUAGUCCCGCCCCUUGAGACAUGUGCACCACGCUGAGCAACCUUAAUAAAGAGUCUUAACACCUA